AUGGACGCGAAAUCCCUCCUGCGCGCCAAGAAGGCCGGAUCGCGUAUCCAACACCCCUACGCGUCCUACUCGGCCGCCGGCCAACUCCGGUGCUCAAUCUGCGCCGUGCCCGUGAAGCAAUGGGACGCGCACCUCCUCACCAAGGCGCACCGCCAAUCUGUGGCGAGGGAGAAGAAGGAGGAGGCGUCGGCGCAGAAGAAGCGGGCGGCAGAAGAAGAGGCUGAAAGUUCCUCGAAGCGGGCCAAGAUCAGCAAUACCCAGGAAAGUGAGGAGGAGGGGCGGUCAAAGUUGCCAGCGGGCUUUUUCUCGGCUGGCAAUGAGCCUCAACCCCAAGAAGAUGAGGAGGAGGAGGAGGAAGAGGAAAAGGAAAAGGAAAAGCAGCCUGAAGCCGACGCCGAGCUCGAUGCGUUCCUCGCCUCACUCAAGGACGAGCCAGAAUCCGCUGCAACUACUGCCGCACCUGCCCCUGCCCCUGCCCCUGCCCAGAGGAAGCGCCGUACGUAUAAGGAGCCGGAGGAAGAUGGGGUUGCGUCGUACUCUGCCGCGCCUCAGCUCGUCAAGGACAAGAAUGAGGAGGAGCGGGAAGCGACGCCCGAACCCGAGGAGACUGAGGCGGAGCGGCGUGCUCGCUUCGCUCGCGAGGAGCGUGAAGAAGUGCUCGCCCGUCUGGAGGAGGAGCAGCGUGCACAAGAAGAUGCGGAUGCGCGUGUCGACGCUCUCAAGGCGCGGAUGGAGGCGCUCAAGAAGCGGCGGGAGGCGCGUGGCGCUGUAGGAGGAGGGAAAGGUGUGGCGGCAAAGGCGCUGGCCAAAGCCGCGAGUAAGAAGAAGUAG